AUCGUUCCAGCUUCGUUCGAUGCAAUCGGUGAACGCCCAGUGGUGAAACGCCAUAAGCAACUUCACCAGAUUGGAAAGACAAAAUCUUGUGGAGAAAUCAAAAACUUUGAGAAGCGACUGAUAAAAACUUACCAAGAAGAGAAUAUAAUCAAGAUGCCCAGCAUGGACUCGGAACUUACUGAUUUCGAACUCAACACUGACCGAGGCUUAACGGAUCUCGAUGAAAUCACUAAAGCCCGCGUUUAUGAAGUUCCCGAAAAUCAAAAGAAGAGAAAUGUGGCCGCAUGGCUGAGCAAGCAGUCAUAA